AUGCCACAACCACCCACAAUCUUCCCGAAGCUUCAUGUUUCAUCCAGGCCACCGGGGCCUAUGUCCGCACCCAAUACGCUGGUAGCAUUUCCAAACUUCGGGACUUCGCAGCACGCUGCUGAUACCAACCCGCAUCACCAAAUAUUUCGGACUAAACGGAAGCAUGUCCUUAAAGCUUGUGAUCGAUGCAGAGUGAAGAAAACAAAGGUCGAGUUAUAUCAGACUCGAUUAUGCUGGCUUUUGUACCUCUUUGUCAUCAGCUCUUGCUCACAUAUGUCACUUUAUAGUGCGAUGGAAACCAGCCCUGUUAUCGUUGCUCGUCAUACAACCAUCCUUGCCUCUUCCGCGAAAGAAAGAUUUGUUGAAAUGCUCGAGUCACAUCACGCUUUGGUUGUCAAGGCACUGCAACAACUGUACACCCAUUGCAUUGAUAACAAAUGCUUUCCUGGGGAGCCUAUCGAUGUGGUGGACGGGUAUCCAUUAACCCAUGCCAUCUUAGAUAGACUUGGUUUGAUCAAGGAGGCCGAAGAAACGACUUCAGACGCUCUUGGUGAAGAUGCGAUAGAAGCAUCACAAUAUUGGAGGUUCCAUCGUCGAUCUGCGAGCUCUGUCGACACAGAGGAUACGUCGUCUUUGCAUGCUAGUCCAAUUGAGCGAUCCCCAGUCAGCGAGUCGUUUUCAGGAUCUCCCGCUUCAGAAACUAAUGGAAUGAGCCACAAGCAAUCAUUCGCUGGUUUGCAAGAUGUUUAUACUCCAUAUGGGCCGUAUAACUGCAAUGACCAUGGCUGGCCUGUGGCCGUUACCUCCACUGCUAGUCAAACCGUGGACUUCAAUAACACCAUUGAAGUAUCCGGAUUUCAAGCUGGGAGCCAAUACCUAGCCACUGCGCCCAUGAAUGUUGUCCGACAGGACACUCCUAGCUAUGAUUCAACGACAGGAAGUACCUCCAUGGUCUCAUCAGGUCAUGCUUCACAGCCAGCUUAUCACGGGCACUACACUACAGGUUCCAGUUUCUCUUAUCAGCAUCCGAAUGACGGCCUUGCAGGCGCAGAGCAAUACUCUUGGGCUCCAAACCCAUGGAACAGGAUAAAGGCUGGGCAGCAUUUGGACCUGAACUGCCCUUGA